AUGAAAUCUGAUCAAGUCCUACCAAACUCUCAGAAAGCCCUUGGAAUGCAAUAUGCUAAUCAAACAUUAUCAUUAUUUUCAUCAUAUCGUGAACAACAAUCCAUGGCAAUCAAUUUUAGUUUUACCGAGACAACGAAAUCGUCGACAAAUGGAUACAAUACAGAGUCAUCACUAAGAUUUAAAAUUCAUUCACCGAUCAUUAUUCGACAAGCUCCACCCCACCUUCAUCAUUGUUAUCACAUUUUGAACCAAAAUCAUAAUGCGACAAUAUAUCCUUCGAUGAAACAAACAAUUUCUAUGCCAUCAGCUAGUCUUCUACCACCAGGAUCACUUCCGUCACUUUCAUUGCCAAGCUUAUUUUUACUAGUAAAUAUGGGUGUGUCAACACUUGUAUUUAUUUCAGAAAUUAAUAAUUUAUCACCAAUACGGGCUGAUUUUUUUGAACAAUGA